GAAACCCUAGUUAUUUCCCCAACUUUGAUAUAUAAUUGUACUACUCUCCAUUAACAAUCUUCUCUAGCAAGGAGUUCGCGGCUUAGCAGAAACCCUAGUUCCAAAGGUAAGGUAAGGUAGAACUUCAACAAUGGCCGUACCUCUGCUUAACAAGAGGGUCGUGAAGAAGAGAGUGAAGAGGUUUAUUAGACCUCAGAGUGACCGAAGAAUCACUGUCAAGGAAAGCUGGCGCAGACCCAAGGGUAUUGAUUCUAGAGUGAGGAGAAAGUUCAAGGGAUGUGUCUUGAUGCCCAAUAUUGGUUACGGGUCAGACAAGAAGACUCGCCACUAUCUUCCCAAACCGAAGGAGUUCGCGGCUUAG